AUACUAGCAUUGCAGUUGGCUGAACCUUGUGUCCACUGUGCAUUCCAGGAGCUAGCUAUCUGAGAUUCCAACCAUGUCUCACCCAUCUUGGCUGCCACCCAAAAGCACUGGUGAGCCCCUCGGCCAUGUGCCUGCACGGAUGGAGACCACCCAUUCCUUUGGGAACCCCAGCAUUUCAGUGUCUACACAACAGCCACCCAAAAAGUUUGCACCCGUAGUUGCUCCAAAACCUAAGUACAACCCAUACAAGCAACCUGGAAGUGAGGGUGAUUUUCUUCCACCCCCACCUCCACCUCUAGAUGAUUCCAGUGCCCUUCCAUCUAUCUCUGGAAACUUUCCUCCUCCACCGCCUCUUGAUGAAGAGGCUUUCAAGGUACAGCAGGGAAAUCCCGGAGGUAAGACACUUGAGGAGAGGCGCUCCAGCCUGGACGCUGAGAUUGACUCCUUGACCAGCAUCCUGGCUGACCUUGAGUGUAGCUCGCCCUACAAGCCUCGGCCUCCACAGGGCUCCAGUAGUUCUACAGCCUCUCCUCCAGUUUCGACCCCAGUCACAGGACACAAGAGAAUGGUCAUCCCGAACCAACCCCCUCUAACAGCAACCAAAAAGUCUACAUUGAAACCACAGCCUGCACCCCAGGCUGGACCCAUCUCUGUGGCUCCAAUCGGAACACUCAAGCCCCAGCCUCAGCCAGUCCCAGCCUCCUACACCACGGCCUCCACUUCUUCAAGGCCUACCUUUAAUGUGCAGGUGAAGUCAGCCCAGCCCAGCCCUCAUUACAUGGCUGCCCCUUCGUCAGGACAAAUGUAUGGCUCAGGGCCCCAGGGCUAUAACACUCAGCCAAUUCCCGUCUCUGGGCAGUGUCCACCUUCUUCAACACGGGGAGGCAUGGAUUAUGCCUACAUUCCACCACCAGGACUUCAACCUGAGCCUGGGUACGGGUACACCCCCAACCAGGGACGCUAUUAUGAAGGCUACUAUGCAGCAGGGCCAGGCUAUGGGGGCAGAAAUGACUCUGAUCCUGCCUAUGGUCAACAAGGUCACACAAAUACUUGGAAACGGGAGCCAGGGUACACUCCUCCUGGAGCAGGGAACCAGAACCCUGCUGGGAUGUAUCCAGCCAGUGGUCCCAAGAAGACCUAUAUCACAGAUCCUGUUUCAGCUCCCUGUGCACCGCCAUUGCAGCCAAAGGGCGGACAUACAGGGCCACUGGGGCCUUCACCUAUUGCACCUUCAUUCCGCCCAGAGGAUGAGCUUGAGCACCUGACCAAAAAGAUGCUGUAUGACAUGGAAAAUCCACCUGCUGAUGAAUACUUUGGCCGCUGUGCUCGCUGUGGAGAAAACGUCGUUGGGGAAGGUACAGGAUGCACCGCCAUGGACCAGGUCUUCCACGUGGAUUGUUUUACCUGCAUCGUCUGCAACAACAAGCUCCGAGGGCAGCCGUUCUAUGCCGUGGAGAAGAAAGCAUACUGCGAGCCCUGCUACAUUAAUACUCUGGAGCAGUGCAAUGUGUGUUCCAAGCCCAUCAUGGAGCGGAUCCUCCGAGCCACCGGGAAGGCCUAUCAUCCUCACUGUUUUACCUGCGUGAUGUGCCACCGCAGCUUGGACGGGAUCCCAUUCACUGUGGAUGCUGGCGGGCUCAUUCACUGCAUUGAGGACUUCCACAAGAAAUUUGCCCCACGAUGUUCUGUGUGCAAGGAGCCUAUCAUGCCAGCUCCCGGGCAGGAGGAGACCGUCCGUAUUGUGGCUCUGGAUCGAGACUUCCAUGUUCACUGCUACCGAUGUGAGGAUUGCGGUGGUCUCCUGUCUGAAGGAGAUAACCAAGGCUGCUACCCCUUGGAUGGGCACAUCCUCUGCAAGACCUGCAACUCUGCCCGCAUCAGGGUGUUGACCGCCAAGGCGAGCACUGACCUUUAGAUUCAGUCACCUGUUCAGCUGGCACUGAGAAGAAUGAACACAAGAAAAAGAUAAGAAAUACGAAAACAGAGGAAAGGCCAUCAAACUACAGGAUAGUUUCUGGUUUUCAUCUGCUAUUAACCUUUCCUUAGAAACACAUAAAUUAUGAGAUUUUUUUUUUUUUAAAGUUGUUACCAAAUACACAUUUCACUUUGAAUCAUGUAGGAUCUUGAUGGGCCUUUGUUCCCGAGGACUUCCACAUUUUUGCACAGAUUAUGCUCCAUCCCAUUCACUUCUGCAUUCCUGUAACUUUUAAUCCCUAUGUUUGUCUCACUUUUCAUCUGGUUGAAUGGCUUUUUUCGUGUGGUAUUUGCUGUCACAUAGUUUUUCCUGGGUGAGUCUGCCAAUGCACAGGUGCUUUUAGCCUUGAAAUCCCCAUCCUACCAUUUCCAUAUUGCCUGUGACUACGAAGAGCAGCCAUUCUUUUCCCAUGUAUUGAAGAGUAUGUUUUCUGUUGCUUUAUACUGCUCAUGUUUUUAGGGAGGGAAAUGCACAAUUUUCUUUUUUGAGGCUGUAAAGAAUUUAAGUUGUAAAUUACAUAAGUUAGAACAAGCCCAAAUUUCAUUUGCAACCAUCAGGAUUCAGAAUCUACGGUGACCAGUGAUCAGGGCUCAUUUGAAAACACUUAUUGGCCCAUAGCUAAUAUGUGGUGACAGACAACUAAACUUCAAUAGUUUUCUAAAGAAAUUGCAGGUGGGAUAUGCUGGAAAGGCAUUUUGGGGUUAUGUUUUAAAAACCAUUAUUGUCCCACAGUAUUACCUUAAGAUUUUUCUUUUCCACACCACCUGGACAUUGUAAUACAAACUUGAUUUCUUCCAGAAUAUAACAUUUUCAAUACUGUCCCACUUUUCAUCUUAGAAAUGUUGUCAUGUUUGUUCUAAUAUCCAACACAACAAUCUAAAUUGACUUUAGAGGAUGAGAGCUGUGCAAAAACACGGUUCAAAUUCUCUUUCUUUUUUAGGCCCAGGUCUGUUUUGCCUGACGAUUGCGAAUCAGAGCAGACAAAAUCAAAUUGGGCAGCUUUGUUGAGUUCACUUUCAAAAGAGUAGAAAGCUUGAAAAGAUUGCGAAACCACAGUUUCAUUAUUCUCAUAAUCCUUCUGCAACUGAAAUUACAGAUCGCAGGAGACAUUUUCAUAUCAAUAUGACAUUUACACCACACUUUCAAAGACAAUCACUGAAAAAAAAUGGUCUUUAAGAGCUAAAAAUAUGCAGAAUCUCCGCCUAGAAUCUUUAUUCAAACUUUUAUUAGCCGGUGAAACACUUGCUUGCCAACUGCCAAGCCAUGCUUAGUAAGUUAGAACAUGUUUCGUUUAAGGAGAGACACCUAGCUUAGUCAUGGCAAAUUGCCAUUUUGUAAACUAAGUAUUUUGGAUUGAAAUUUCUUAAACCUUUCUUUAAAUCUCCCACAAGUAUGUACUUUUAAAUUAUGGAGUAUUUUAAGUCUACAAAAAGGUAUAAAGAAUAAUAUAAUGAAUUCCUAUAUACCUAACACUUAGUUUAAGACACCAAAUAUAGCAAAUAUAAUUACAUCCUCCAAUGUACCCUUCCCUUAUUCCACAGUUAUCUUUUUCAUAAUUGUGAUGUUCAGAUUUCUAGUGAUUUUUUUUAAAAAAUUUAAUUUUAACAUCAGAACUGAAAUAAAAAAUUAUGGAGACAUGUUUUGAAUUGCAAACUAUUCCUCAGGAAUUCCAAUUAAAUUUAUUUUACUUGAAUAGGAAUGAUCAUAAAAGUGACUCUUUUUUUGUGACUAGAAAUUCUUAAGCCAGUGAUCACUACAGCUCAUCCUUAAUGUAUGGCUCAUUUGCUUUUGUCACGAAACCGUUUUGUGUUAGAACCACCAAAAUUACAGCUUUUAAGAGCUUCCUUUGACCACUGUCCUUUUCUUACCCUGCUUCUCUUAUCUUUGAUCAUAUAUUUCUCACAGUGUGAAAUAUGAUGAGAUUCACUUAGGAGCAGCAUGUGCGUUUUGAGAGGCAAUGUCAACAUGUCUCUGAAUUCCUGUCUUCUAAAUUGAAGGCCAGACCAUGCUGAUAACCUCAAGGAGCACUGACUGACAAUAGGGCUGAUAAUGUAAUCAGCUUAAAUUGAUUUAGUACAUUUUUAUGUGAUACUUUAGGAGAAAUUCUCUUUAGGACAAAGCAAAGAGUCUGAUUUAUUGAGGGAUAGAUUUUAUCUCUUAAGGUGGUCAUAUUAUUAUUAAUUUUGCCAAAAGAAGAAGAAUGUAUUGAAUAUUUAUACUAUAAAAUGCAAUAACAUUCUAGUUGCUUAUUACAUUUGAAUGCUUGUGUAACUGAAUGUUUACAUGUCAAAAGAACAAGCUGUAAGAAAAUGCCGUCACAGACCCUGUGGCUUUGUCAGCAGAAUACUGCUUGCUUGCAAUCUUUAUUAGGCAUUCUUAUCACAUAACCUCAGAGUAUCUUUACCAAAGGUUUUUUAAGUAAAUCUCUUUUUAAUAUAGACUUAUACUUUCAUAAUAAUGAAUGUGCACUCAUACAUAUGUAGAAAUAUUUAGAUUUAGGGGUUUUUUUUUCCUUUCACUAGGUAUAAUAAGGAGAGUAUCCUAUCACAUUUUAUUCUAGGAUUUCUUAAAUGUAUGAUUUAUAUUACUUUCUUGUCUUUCCUAUUAAUCAUUUCAUUUAAACAAUGCCAAGUCACUCUUUAAUAUUUUAGUUGCAUGAAAUUUUGCCUGCAACAGAGAAAAAGAUUGUAUUACUUAAAUGAUUAUAAUCAUACUGUCUGCUGAUGUAAUGUCAAAAUUGUUGUGAUUUAAAUACAUAAACAGUAGAAAAAAACAGAGUCUAUAAUAGAGAGUUUGUAAAAAUAUACUGGCUUAGAAAAGUUUCAAGAAUAUAAAUAUUUGGUAAUUCUGUAUAACAAGAGAAAUAUGGAAAAGGAAAAAAAUCCACUAUAUCAUGGGUUCUGCAAAACAUAUCAAAAUAAGAUUUCUUAAAUUUCUCGAUCUUCAGACCAUACUGACUCAACAUGGAGUCUCAGUGGCAAAGAAAAUUGCCUUUAAAGCUUAAAGUAAGGCCAGGUGUGCAGUGGCUCACACCUAUAAUCCCAGCACUUUGGGAGGCCAAGACAGAAGGAUCGCCUGAGGCCAGGAGUUCGACGCCAACCUGGGCAACAUAAUGAGACCCUGUCUCUACAAAAAAUAAAAUAAAAUAAAAAACAAAUUAGCCAGACGUGGUGGCAUGUGCUUAAAAAAAAAAAUUGACUCAAAAAUAAGUCAUGUGUCCCAGCAUAAGGCAUCAGGUCAUUAGAUGCUGGCAUCUCUGCAGCUCAAAGAUGUGGGUUCUUUUUCUUGUCAUUAACACAUUGUUAUUUUUGUGGGAGCAACUUCUCUGAUCAAAAUUACUUUAUUGGUUAUGUGCUCAUUGAGAAGGUGAACUUACCAACACUGUAAUCGUUCUCUAUGAAAGGUCCUGCAGAGAUCUUUCUGGUGAGGUUUCAAGGAUAUAAAACAAUAACUACAUUUAAACAAGUAUUUUAUAUUUGGGUACAGAGGAAGAAAGAGAGGGCGUUUUCCAUGGGGCUAUCGUAGAGAUUUAAAGGAACAUAGACAGGACUCUGAAAACACAACUUCCAGCCAUUUCUUUAAUUAGUAAAAAUCCUAUUAAUGUGAACCAGCCAGGAAUAACAGUGUUAUUUCUAUUUGAUAUGGUUUGGGUUUCUCUUGUCAAAUCUGUGUCGGCUGCCCCCUGAUCCUUCCAUUAUCAAGUUUUGAAGGGUGUUGGGGAAAUUAUGGCAGCUGCUAGGGAGAUCAGGGAAACACUGAUGUAACCUCAGAGCCUCUCACCAUUCUUCUUGGCUUGGAAAGGCUUUAUUUUUUCAUAUACAUUUCUAGAAAUAUUGCUAUUCUACCUUAGUAUUUCACAUUUGUAGUUUAAACAAGCGAUUGUCCAUCUGUUGCCUAGAGCUAUAGUACAUGUGUGUUAUGAAUGAAAUAUGACAGCAUGUUCCAUACCCCUGCUUUAGCCAUCUGUGGGAAACCAGCAAACUGAAAAAGAUACCUCUGCAAAAUGUGCCUGAAGUCCAUUUCUUGGGAUCGCUCAUUUGGUGCACUCUCAUGGGAGACAGAGAGCAACAUACACUUGUGCCUUAUUUUCAGACAAUCUAUGUACACUACUAUGAAUGUUCCACUGAAGUGUCAAUGAUGUAAAUGGUAACCACCAAAUCUCAAAAAUAUUACUUAUCAAA